AGGAAGCUUCUUCAGGAAGCUUCUUCAGGAAGCUUCUUCAGUUCGAACUGAACCCCCCCCUUGAAAUUACGCCCCUGUUGAGGGUGAGCUAAACCUGGCCUGGCAAUUUAUCUAAUAUAGCAAAUUAAACCGACAUAACAUGUUUGCCAGUCAACAAAUAAGCUUGAAGUAGGGAAAUGUGGUCAGUGUGGUCGUAUUUGUUCAAUGAAUAAAUUGUUAAAUUUAUUCUUCAGAUUAUUUUUUUCAGACUUCAAUCAUCCAAACAAAUAAAAAGCACCAACAGCAGAAUGAGAUGUUUGGCACUGACAGAGAAGAUUUAGCAAGUUUUUCAUUAGCACAAACUCAACUAUGCUGCUCAACCCACAAAGUCAUUUUCUUUACAAAUGUGGCACCAUUGAGGCGAAAUAAAAAGGCCAACGGUAUAACAUUUAUUGGCCAGAAACAAAUGUCCUUAGUUUCUGUGCUAGUUUUAUAGAAGUUUAAAAAAGGACUGUUCAUGUGUGUGGGCUCACAUUCAUCAAAAGGAGACGCAGGCAAGCUCGUUCUCUUCUUCUAAUCAAAUAAGGCUUUUGUAAGAUGCAAAUACCUCAAUAGCCACGUACUUUGUACUUGGAUACACAGUUUUAAAAACAGUUAAUAGAAGUAUGUGUCUUAUUGUGCAGAUGAACCUGUUGUGGAGGUUCUUGUUGUUAAGAGCUUUGUUCACUGGUUGUAGACUGAAUCACCUGUAACUUCAUGGAGUCAAAGAAAGUAUUAGUGAGAGAUAUUACCAGGUACCCUCAGAGGUCUUGUGUAGUCCAUAUCCUAAUGGAUCAGAUUUAUUUAUUUCUUUUUGUAAUGUGUAGGACUAUCAUGGUUUUAAGCAGGAAUGCCUUUGUGUCAAUGUCAUAAUAAUCAACCGAGAUGCAAAGAAAAAGCACUUUUAACAAGAUUUGAAAGGAAUGAAGGUCAAAUGUUGUCAUCCUGCUUCUGUUUUAUACAUAGUUAUAUUUGGGUGCUGUUGGCCACAUGCUACUUUCCACACCACUCCAGUUUCUUUUUUCUCUCCCUUAGUUGCAGCCUCCUUUUGCACCAGUCUGCUGGUUUUCCCUGCUGUUUUCCGAGGGCAUCGGAAUGAGAUGGCUUCCUUUUGUCCAGGGUUCAUGAGGUGUUCUGGAUUUGUUGUGUCUAGCUCUGAGAUGUGAUGUGGAGAUAUAGCGUAGUUGAUAGCUCGGCGAUAUCGCUCCCUGGAAAAAAUCAUCACAUCCUCCCUUGUUAUGAUUUCCUGUCCGUUUCUUUUUACAAUUAAUAAAUUUACAUUUGUGAUUAAUCAUAUACCCUUUGAAAUUGAUGCAAGUCAGAGUGCAACUCAUUUUUGCCUUUCUCUUGUUGUCCUUCAUGAGGUCAUAUAUCAAAGGGCUCAAUUUCUGUGACCUUCUCACGCCUGUUAUAAAUGGCAAUUGCUUCUUCAUCAGUGCGGAGCGUUAAUGGAAACCUGUUAAAUCUUGAGAUGAGAUUUUGAACCGAGAGGAAAUUCUUCUGUGCCUUGUCUGAUGCUCAAAAAUGUGAGUCAUGCCGGAAGACCUUUUACCAUUUCUCUGCAUUAUCAGCCCUUAGAUGUGGCCUAAAAUUAUCCAUGAUGGGCAGCCACAUGUUUGUCAUUUCUCGUGUGGAUCCUGUGCUCCUCUUUGUAAACUGAAUCUGAACUUGAACAUAUGGUUUAGAUUACUCAAACUAUGCCCCUUGUUGUUUUAUAUGAAAUACAGUCAGUGGAACAUAUUAGCCAGUUCACUUUUCAUCCAAGUUAUUUACCUGAACUAAGUGUGUGUCUCGCAUACAACGCUCUCCGUCCCUGUAGUCCCGUUUUAAUUGGAGCCAUGUGACUCCCGGGUAAUAGGUUGUGCCUGACCAUCUGCAGAUGAAUGGAGGUUUUCAGGAUACUCUUUGGCUGUGUCUCCCAAAUAACAGGCUGACUUUGAUCGCUUUUGUAAAUGCUUCACUAACCCAGUCCCUUCAGGCUUUAACCCAUCUGUCUGCACAAAUCUGUAACAUCCCAUUGCGUUUGAAUGCCAAUCCUUAGAUUAUAGUGCUUUUAAAAGAAAAAUCAUCAUCACCUUUAAAACAGUUUCUUUGCUACAUGGGACAGCUUCUGCUCAGCUUCUCUGAAUGGACGCUCCAUUUGGUUUUGGGCUUUUACUUUGAGUUCUUCUAGUCACUUCUGGUGACAGACGAGAACACCCAGAUUGUACAUACAGAAGCCCAUGCGAGGUAUCAAAAGCCACCAUUUUUCCUCUAUGCAUUUCAAGUUGCAUAUCCAUAGAUGGCACUGUGCAUCAAGCAGAAGCGGUUUUAUAAAUUGCUCCAUUUGAUUCACAGGAAUUGUUUGGGGUUGGGAGUGACUGAAUGUGGUAAUGUGGAAAUCGCAGUCUCUGAUCUCCUGUCUGUUCUCUAUAUUAUGACUGGGGUUACACAUACAGUUAUCUGAUAAGAGCCUGGAGGAGGAGGGGAGGGAGGAGGUUUUACUUGCAGGAGGUCAAGGCCAAAGUAGUUGCAAAGAGUCGGGGCAUGCUGUUUUAUGGAUUUACAGAUCUAAAUAACACAGUCACCUCCUGUUUUCACUUUUUUUUUUUUUUUUUGUGUGGUUACAUUUUUGAUCUGCUCUUAAGACUCGGUAAAAUGUGAGUUCCAAGUAGAGAACUUAAAAAUGUGUUUAAACAAGUGAAUUGGCACUUUUAGGAAAGAUCAGUAGGCCUUUGCUGCAGUGCUGCUCCACCAAACAGCAUGUUUAUUCCCAGCAGGGCUGGUUAAACGGCAGCUUUUACUGGAUAUCUUUAUUUUUUUUGUGCAAAAGUAUAAAUGUUGCACAAGCAGCUGCGCAUCUAUGAGGAUGGGUAUGCCAGUGGUGUGCAACAUUUAAAAUUGUUACAUUAAAUAUUCUAAUAAUUUAGUUCUUUGCAUUUCACACAUUGUCUUACCUUUUAUGGGAAAUGGGGUCAGAGUACUGUCAUGGUGUGAGUGCAGGGAACAGUGCAGCUAGCCAAAGUCAUCGCCUUGUGCUCACAAUGACGUUCCUCUAAGGGCUGUUCCAUUGUCCCAGAUACAUCAUCAGAGUUGGACACUUUGCGGUCAAUCUAACCAAAAGAUGCAACUAUUGUUGCCACAACAGAAGGACACACUUUCAGAUAAAAUAAUGGGGGGGAUGCUUUGUCUGUUUGGCAAUUUUCUUCUCUUGUAUUUCCAACAAUGCACGUGUGCGCUUGAGCAAGGAUCUUUAGUUCACUUAGAGGCUAAUUGUUGUGGUUUCCUGCUGUAGUUUACAUUCCCAGAGCCAGCUAGCCGCUUUUUUACCGAGAGUCUCCAGCAAUGCAGACAGCAUUCUGAGUUGUCAGACAGACCAGAGCUGCUAUCAACGCAGGGAGCUGUCUGAGAGUGUGUGAGUGAGUUUUAUGUAAGCUACGGAGUGCAGCUAAGCCUGUCCAACUAAGACACCACUACCUCUCAUCUCCAGUGCCAUCUGGAACAUAUUAAUCCUGUCCAGUUAGGAAGCCCAAAUAUGUAGAGAGCCCUCGCGUGCCUUCUGAUGCCAUCGUGUCAGCUCGGAGGAAAGCAACCGAUAACAAGGAGUCGUCCCACAAUGAUCUGCAAGCGGAGAAACAGCCAAGCUCCUCCUCCCCUGCCACUCAGGAACUGAUGACAAGACUGGGCUUUUUACUGGGAGAAGGGAUCCCGGGUACGGCACGCAUACCUAUGGACGACAAGAAUGAAAAGAAGUGCUCUCUGACUAGCCAGGGCAUCAGCCCCUGCUCCACACUAACAAGCAGCACGGCGUCUCCCAGCACUGACAGCCCAUGUUCCACCCUAAACAGCACCGCGAGCCGUCCCCCACUCAGCCGCUCCAGCCCCUGUGGGACCAUCACCAGCCCCAGUUCCACGCUAGAGAGCAAGGACAGUGGGAUCAUAGCCACCAUCACUAGUUCUUCAGAGAAUGAUGACCGCAGCGGCUCCAGCCUGGAGUGGAGUAAAGAUGGCAGCCUAAGAGGCAGCGGUCGCCAUGGCCUGGCACAGAGCGUGCGGGCGGACACCUGCUCUCCUGUGGCCGAAGAAGACUCCAGCAGUGCCACAGCAACACCUGCAGACACCCCAUCCAGGACAGACCAGCAGCACCCUAACAUAUCUGCGGGUGCUCCAGGGCCACCACACCCUCCGAGUCACUCACCUGAGGGACCCAUUGCGUACCCGCCACAGACAUCAGCUUCCCUCAUGAUGCCGAGGCCAAACUCUGUAGCAGCCACCAGUUCCACAAAGCUUGAAGACCUGAGCUUUCUUGAUGAACAGCGCAAUACCCCCCUCCGGACAUCCAUUCGCCUACCCUGGCAUAAUACAGGAGGAAGGCCCCCUCAGGACGCUAAAGCGCGUUUUGCUCCCUACAAACCCGUGGACAUCAUGCUCAAACCUUUGCUGUUCGAGGUUCCCAGCAUCACCACAGAUUCUGUGUUUGUGGGCCGAGAUUGGCUCUUUCAGCAUCUGGAAGAUGUCCUGAAGGCCGGCGAGUCCACAGAGAACCACGGUGCUGUGGUGGUGGGCAGCGUGGGUUAUGGGAAGACGGCCAUCAUCUCCCGACUUGUGGCGCUGAGCUGCCAUGGAGGACGCAUGCGUCAGAUCGCCUCCAACAGUCCCAGCGCCUCCCCGAAAACUGGCCCAGGACAAAGCACAGAACUUCCUCUCAGCCAGCCUCCACAGCCCACUCCACCAUCCAGUGCUGCCAACACACUGAGGACCAGCAGUUGCCCAGGAACUCCCGAGAUGCAGCGGCACAGGGAGGAGGCUGUCAAACGCCUGGCUGCAAAGGUGGUGGCUUAUCAUUAUUGCCAGGCAGAUAACACGUACACUUGCUUGGUCCCAGAAUUUGUGCACAGCAUCGCAGCCCUUCUGUGCAGAGCUCAUCAACUGAGUGCGUACCGGGAGCUGUUGCUGAAAGAGCCCCACCUCCAGAGCAUGCUCAGUCUGCGCUCCUGUGUCCAAGACCCCAUGGCUGCUUUCCGGAGAGGAGUCCUGGAACCGUUGGCCAACCUUCGGAAAGAGCGAAGGAUUCCAGAGGAAGAUUACAUAAUCUUAAUAGACGGGCUGAAUGAAGCAGAGUUCCACAAACCAGACUAUGGAGACACCAUUGCAUCCUUUAUCACAAAAAUCAUUGCCAAGUUCCCCUCCUGGCUAAAACUGGUUGUCACUGUUCGAAUCAACUUGGUGGAGAUCACCAGCCUCCUGCCCUUCUCCAAAAUCUCCUUGGAUGACUUUUCUGACAACAAAGAGAUCAGCAAUGACCUCAACGCAUAUAUCCAGUAUCGUAUCAACGGCAGCAAGGACAUCAUGAACAAUAUUAGCCUGAACGGCAAGGCCGAUCCUAUCACAGUCGGCAAGCUAAGUAGCCACCUGAUCUCCCGCAGCCAAGGGUCCUACCUGUAUCUCAAACUCACCCUGGAUCUGUUUGAAAGAGGCCACCUCGUGAUCAAAAGUGCCAGUUACAAAGUCGUGCCUGUUUCACUGGCAGAACUGUACCAGUUACAGUGUAACAUGAAAUUCAUGACCAAUUCAGCCUUUGAGCGCUCAUUGCCGAUCCUCAACGUAUCGCUCGCCUCGCUGCACCCCCUGACUGACGAGCAGCUGUUCAACGCCAUCAACGCGGGGUUCGUCCAGGGGGAGCUACAAUGGGAGGACUUUCAGCAACGCAUGGAGCUGCUCUCGUGCUUUCUCAUCAAACGGAGGGACAAGACGCGCAUGUUUUGUCACCCUUCCUUCAGAGAGUGGCUGGUGUGGAGAGCUGAUGGAGAGAGUACAGACUUCCUUUGUGACCCCAGGACCGGUCACGCUCUCAUGGCUUUCAUGUUAUCGCGCCAAGAGGGGAAACUGAAUCGGCAGCAGACAAUGGAGCUGGGACACCACAUACUCAAAGCACACAUCUUCAAGGGUCUGAGCAAGAAGACAGGCGUGUCAUCCAGUGUCCUUCAGGCUCUGUGGAUAAACUGCAGCACUGACGGCCUUUCUGCAGCCCUGGCCUCCCUGAGGAACCUCUACACACCUAAUGUCAAGGUAAGCCGUCUCCUGAUGCUGGGAGGGGCAAACGUGAAUUACCGCACAGAAGUCCUGAACAACGCACCAGUGCUUUGCGUCCAGUGUCACCUCGGUCACCAGGAAAUUGUCUCACUGCUGCUCGAGUUCGGCGCCAGCGUGGAUGUUGUUUCAGAAAACGGCAUGAGCCCCCUCUGCUUCUCAGCUGCUGCAGGACACUUGGGACAAGUCAUGCUGCUCUGUAAAAAGGAGGCUAAGGUUGAUCAUGUAGAUAAGAGUGGCCAGUGUGCUCUGGUCCAUGCUGCCCUACGAGGACACCUUGAGAUUAUCCAGUACCUGCUGGAGCUAGAAUGGAGUGCUGAGGGGCAGCAGCAGGACUGCUCUCUGAAGAGCAAAGCUCUGCAGCAGGCUUUGAUUGCAGCCUCGAGCAUGGGGCACACACAGGUUGUGAGAGGCUUGCUGGCGUUGAAUAAUGAGCACGCUGUGCAAAUUGAUAGUCAUGACACACUGUGGGGAGAGACAGCCUUGACGGCUGCAGCCGGCCGUGGCAAGAUGGAGGUAUGCAGCUUUCUGUUGGAGCAGGGGGCGGUGGUGCAGCAGGUCAACAGGCGGGGGGUGUCUCCUCUCUUCUGCGCGGUCAGACAGGGACACUGGCAGAUUGCAGAGCUGCUGCUACAGAAUGGUGCUGACAUUAACAUCAGUGACAAGCAGGGCAGGACCCUGCUCAUGGUGGCCGCUUGUGAGGGUCACCUGAGUACUGUGGAGUUUCUGCUUUCUAAAGGUGCAUCUUUAACGUCGAUGGACAAGGAGGGACUGACGCCCCUGAGCUGGGCAUGUUUAAAAGGACAUAAGAAUGUGGUGCAGUUUUUGGUAGAGAAGGGUGCGGUCAUCGACCACACGGACAAAAACGGACGAACUCCACUGGACCUCGCUGCCUUCUAUGGAGACGCAGAGAUUGUCCAGUAUUUGGUGGAAAGAGGAGCAGUGAUAGAGCAUGUGGACCACAGUGGGAUGAGGCCUCUGGACCGGGCCAUAGGUUGUAGGAACACGUCAGUGGUGGUGACUCUAUUAAAGAAAGGAGCAAAGCUGGGCUACAGAACGUCUCCUUAUGAUCGAUCAGGGAACGCUGCUUGGGCCAUGGCUACUUCAAAGCCUGACAUCCUCAUCAUCCUCCUUCAGAAGCUGAUGGAGGAAGGAAACCUGCUUUACAAGAAAGGGAAGAUGAAAGAGGCAGCCCAGAGGUACCAGUACGCCCUGAGGAAGUUUCCCAGAGAAGGCUUCGGUGAUGAACUGAAGGCAUUUAAAGACCUGAGGGUCUCCCUGUACCUCAAUCUCUCCCGCUGUCGCAGGAAAACCAACGAUUUUGGGAUGGCUGAGGAGUUUGCAACAAAAGCACUGGAGCUGAAACCCAAAUCCUAUGAGGCCUACUAUGCCCGUGCCAGAGCUAAAAGAAGCAGCAGGCAGUUUACAGCAGCCUUAGCUGACUUACAUGAAGCAGCCAAGCUGUGUCCCAAUAACCGGGAAAUCCGCCGUCUGCUGGCUCGAGUGGAGGACGAAUGUAAACAGAUGCAGCGAACUCAGACCAAAGGAGGCCUCGGUGGGGCUGCAGCUGCAUCCAGCCAGGCAUCAGUAGGCCACGAGUCUGACCAGGAGCAAGACGAAGGGCAGGACGACCCCUCAGAGCACAGCCUUGCUAGGAGUGUAGAAGGCCAAAGAGAUAUUCUUGAAGAGGAGGAAGAGGAGGAGGAUGCCAUGCAGCAUGACAGGACAGGUGAAGCCUGCUGGUCCCAGAGCAGGUACUCUUUUAACAAAGUCUUACCCUCUGAGUCAGCGGCCGCCAGCAUCAGUGUGGGACACCAGAAUCAGAGUCUGAGCCCCAGCUCACCCCCAGGCCCCAGCAGGCUUCCUCCUCACAGGUACCCUCGUGAGCACCGGGAUGCCCUGCCUCAACAGGGGCUGGUCCUGCAGCCAACCAAGCAAGCCCAAAUUGUCAAGACCAAUCAGCACAUGAGUUCCAUGCAGACCGGGGGAGGAGCCGUGGGGGGUCGCUCGGCAGGGGCCAAAUCUCAGUACGCUCCCUCCAGUCCGUUACCCAGCCGACACAUGUCCAGCAUGCUGAAGCCGGGGCCAGGUAUCGACAUCGGCCCUCUGCCCCCCCCGGCUGACGAGCCCAUGUAUGGGAACCGCAUGUUGCUGGCAGCUGCCUCCUCUUCCAUAGGUCACAGUUGUGAAAGUGAGAGUCUCCACUCCUCUCAAGCCUCUUACUCAUCCUGCAGCAACUCUAAAGGUCUGGGCCAAGACAGGCUGUCUGCCCACUCCGCAUCGUCCUUGGAUGGCUUGGCCUGCUCUGGUCCUGGAUUCCAGGGGAAUCACUCUGAGUCUGGAAAGGAAGGGAUGUGCGCUGCAGCGGGAUCUCAGGGAGGCGGUGGCAGCAGCAGCAUGCGUGUGUCUAGUUCCACCAGCAGCCUGGCAUCAAGCAGCAGCCUGUCAGACAGCGGCAAGCUAGGUCCUGACGUUCGCACCAAGAUCACUGACAAAACAAAGCACAGCCAACAGGGCAGCGCCGCAGCCGAGUACAAACCCAGGCCCUUCAUGGGCAUAACCGACAAGACAGCCCGUUUUCAGCAACAGCAGCAGAUUCAACAGCAGCAGCACCACGGCUUGCAGAGUCACCCAAGCCUGCAGUCUAUCGGUCGCAGCUGGCUGAACCACUCCUCCGACGGCCUCGUGUGUCACAACAUGUCGACAAUGGGCCUGCAGUCUGUCGACGGCAAAACGGCGAGCUCAUACCAGGAGCAGCACAAACCUCCACCACCUCAGGGUGGUAUGGCGAUGAGUAGCUUACAAAAUGGCAUGCAUGCCAAGGAAUUUGCAGAGAAGUUCUGCCAAGCUGCCAACUGUUACAAAGAGUCCAAGCCAGCACUGGCUAUGCCACACACGUUAAUGGACAGUAAGCCUAAGCAGCCUGGCCUAGCUCGAGAUAAUCCUGCCAUUCACGUAGCUUCAAUGAAACCAAAGCGAUCAUUUAUAGAGUCGAAUGUGUAGACAAGCGUCUUUUAUCUCUCUUACAGUCCUUAACGCACACGCGCACAGACACAAGGAAAAAUCUAAAGUGAGAGGGACUUGUUUCAUAUUUUUUAACCAACCCCAGAGUGCAGUCUGACGUUAAGUCUUAUAAGGAGUACAGUUUGCAAGCUGUUUGUUUUCCCGGGAAUUCAGGCACCAAGCAGCGUGCAGAAGGCUCCAAAUUUUUACUCGUCCCAAUCUGCCGCUUCUGGCUGUCAGCUUUUGUUACAUGACAUGUCCGUCGUCGUUCAGCCAGGCUGGAGACAAAGCACUGAAGGAAGUAUCCAGACAUGUACUCUACAGUCCUGAUCAACAAAACGGUGGCAAUGAGCACUUUACACAGUUAGCAAGUGCUUAAACAACAUAUUCAGUUACAGCUUAAUGUUAUUACAGAGUAAUUCAUUUACGUCCAUGGUGCUGAGAGCAAAGAAAUACGGUCUCUUUAAAAAUGAUUGAGAACCCUUUGUUUUCUGCACACUUUGCUGCAAUUGCUUUUAAUUCAAUUUGAAUCAAAUUGUCAUUUUACACUCAGUAGCCCAAAAAUGACAAAGUGCAAACACAUUUGCUGAGUUCUUUGUAAUUUCAUUGAAAAUCAGACACCGAAGCCUCUCAUUCAUCUGUUUAAAUUUGCAAAAGAGCAAAGUGUGCACAAAAUAAAUGGAUGUGAAGGAAGACGUAGUCCCCGGUGAAACGUUCAGAGGGUUUAAGGGACGGGCAUUCCUGUGUUUUACGAAGGACGUUAUAGAUCCUCAUGUUGUGUAUAUUAUAUAAAUAUGUACUUUUCCUUCUGUUCAGUGAAGGUCCAUGUUAAGUGUAUUGACAAGUUCCGACUUGUGUAUCUCGAGUUUUAGGCACAAUGUUGUUCAAAUGGUGUUAAAGGUUCUAAAACAAAAAACAAAGCAUUUGUUAAAUAUGUUUGUACAUUAUAUAAAAUCACCAUUAACACUGAAUUGAAUUCCUUUCUGUAUCUGCUUGUUGUUGCUGUCUAGUUUAAUUUAUUUACAGCGCCAAUGGCUUGGUUAAUUGUAAAAGCAAUAUAUUUUAUAUAGUUAUUUUUGCACAGCUACUAAGACAUUUUAUGAUUCUCAGUGUUGAGAUUUAAGUGCAUGCUUCAAUUGCAGUUUAUAUUACAGAGUGGAAAAAAGUCUAUAAAAGCAGAAAAAUGGUUUGGGGACUCAGUGCCAUCAGUUCUAUUUUAUUAUGUACAUUAAAUGCAAUUGUUGCCAUGUUUUCAGUAUUGUGAGCUUUAUUAGCUGUGAUCACAUACUGUAAUUGAACAUUUUUGCCAUAGCUACCAUGGGAGAGAGAAAUAAAGACCCACUGAGGAAACAAAA